UAGAGUUACAUCGCGUCGGCUGCAGCAAGUGUUAAUCGUGAAAAGAGCAAAUAUUUGUUAUCGAUCUAACGUAAAAAUUGCUAUUUUGCGGGUAGUUUUAGGCUCUCGCGCUAUAAAAUAUUGUGUCGAAGUUGUGCGAAAUUAUUUUUUUCUCUCAAAAACUCGAGACAAGCAUAUAACCUUCGACUUGCAGUGCCGGGCAACUCCUAGCUCGUUCUUCAGAAAUAACCAUAUGCACACUCGUGCAUUGAGUGUUAUUGAGUAAUAAUAGCUAUUGUUUAGUGCAUGAGUGCAAGCGACGAUGGCCCACGGCGAUCUAAACCGUUUGCAAGACCUUAUGAUAUCGCGUAGAAAGAUCAACUGUGUGAAUGAAUGGUGGCAAUUCAAACUGCUUCGUCAAAUUCAUGAAUUAAUUGAAAAUUGGAAGGACGAACUUCCAAAUCUCCGAGACAUUUUUCGGUCGGGAGAAAUCGAUUGGCUUCUCUCCGAUUUCAUGACGUACUACCGUAGAGAAGCAGAACCUUCAUUAAUCAUCGGGUUCGUGGCUCGGACCGGUUACAAAGGCGAGGCCCUAGUCGACGAGCAACGGUCGCUUCGUACCACACCAUUGCAUAUUGUGCCUAAAACAUACGAUUACCAAUUCUCCAAAGAAUCGAUACGUGAUCUAUUUAAAAUAUACGAUAGGUUCGACGUUAAUUACACCGACGAAUUGGGGUAUUCACAUUUUCACGUGGCCUGCAUGACUGGUUGCGAGGAUGUCGUCCAAAAAUUCCUCGACUUCGGCCAAAAUAUCAAUUGCGUCGUGACGUUGACGGGCAGUUCGCCUCUACACGUGGCUCUGAGGCACGGUCACAAGGAGGUGGCCGAGUUGCUGUUGAGAAACGGGGCUCCUUUGCAUGUGGUCAAUAAUUAUGAAUUCACUCCUCUUCACUACUUUUGCUGGAGAGAAUAUGAUGACGAUUUUGCGGAAUUAUUCUUCAAAUUUAUGGACGAACAACAUCAGCCGGUCGAUAUCAACGCCCAGACCGAUUAUGGCUUUACUCCAUUGAACUGUGCAGCGCAAUACCGCGUCAAGAAAGCAAUCGAAUUGUUAAUGAGAAAAGGUGCGUAUCCCACUUUAGUCGACAUUCAAGGAGAUAUUCCUUUGCAUAAGAUUUGCUAUGGUGGUCCCGACGAAGAGUCGGCUUCAUAUAUGAAGUUUUAUUUCGACAUAAACGACCAAUUUCAUCAGCCGCUUCAGGUUGAUACCCAGAACAAUUUCGGCGAGACACCGCUUUACUCGGCUGUGAAAAACUUAUUACCUAAGACGGCCGAAGUACUGCUAAGAAGAGGCGCCGAUCCAAGUCUAAGUGACGAGCAUGGAUGGUCACCGCUGCAUUUGAUUUGCUUUAAAUUCGACGAUGGCAAAGGGGCUUCAUUCCUGAAGAAAUUGUUCGAGAUAUGCGCCGAGAAACAUCGCAAGGUACACAUCGACGCCCACCGCGGGGCCGGCCGGACACCGCUAAUGGUGGCUCUGAGCCACGGCAACAUCGAGGUAGUUGAAUUUCUAUUGAGAAACGGCGCGGAUCCCAAUUUUGCUGUUGACAAUGGAUGGACAACUUUGCACUACUUUUGCAGUGGAUGUAAUGAUGAGGAACGCGCAACGAUCUUGAAGAAAUUUUUCGACAUCAACGACGAAUUGAAUCAAGUGGUUGAUGUCAACGUCCUGGACGAGUGGGGUAACCCUCCGCUUUACGAGGCUCUGCAACGCAUUAACUAUAAGACGGCUGAAUUGUUGCUACGGAGAGGCGCCGAGCCAAAGCUAAUCGACAAAAAGCUACCGCUACUACUGCAUUCAAUUUGCAGUAUUAAAGACCAGGACGAAAAAUUCGCGAGAUUCUUGAAGAUAUUCUUCGAGAUCUAUGCCGAGAGACAUGACAAGGUAGAGUACGACGCCCAGGACGAGCUUGGAGACACACUGAUGCACGCAGCUUUGUUUCUAGGCUGCGCGGAGGUGGUUGAAGUGCUGAUGAGAAACGGCGCCAACCCGAACUUAGUCAACAAUGAUGGGCGGACUCCUCUGCACCAUGCAGUGUGUCAAUGUCAACAAGAUGAUAAAUCGACGAUGAUAAUGUUGGAGACAUUUUUUGACUUGAGUGACGAAGUCCAUCGGUCGGUUGAGGUCGACACCCUGGACGAGGACGGUCAGACACCGCUGCAUUCGUCUCUGGAGAGCAAUAACAAGAAGAAGAUAACCGAGUUACUGCUGAGGAGAGGCGCGGAUCCGAAUCUGAUAAACAAGCACGGAUCUACCGCUCUGCAUUCAAUUAUCCGGGCAACUCAGAGAAAUCUUCAUGAUGGUUUUGUGGAAAAAUUUUUCAUGAUCUGCGACGAAGUGAAUCGAGUGGUGCAGAUCGAUGUCCGGGACCAGUCGGGCCAAACACCGUUGCAAUUGACUCAGUCAUUGAGGCUUCACGAAAAAACGGCCGAAUUGCUGCUGAGGCGAGGAGCCGACCCUAAUUUGGCCGACGAGAAUGGGAUGACUUAUCUGCACAACUUAUGUCGCACUGGGUCUUCAGAGGAGGCAUUAUUGAAGAAAUUUUUCGAGAUAACCGACAAUGCUCAUAAAACGGUACAGGUCGAUGCCCGGGACAAGAGAGGUCGGACACCGCUGCAAUUAGCUGUGACAAAUCUUAUGCCCUAUGCGGUCGAGGUACUUUUGGAUCGUGGGGCUGAUCUGUCUAGCUUCAGUUUUCCCUCUGAGAGUGACUUCGACGAGAGCUCUACGGUUAUGAACUCACACGUGAAACUAAAUUAUGGUGCUCUGUCCAUCGUCGAAAGUCUCGAGAAAAGAGGAUACGAGCUAAAACGAAGCGACGCUCUGGUAAUUAUGGAAAUAUUGCUUGAAAAUAUAGAGGAUCUUGAAUGUUCUUCUUCUUCUUCUGUAUUUGGCCUUGGGCAACUUAAAUUUUCGAACGGCUACGAGUGUAGGCAGUUCACGAGCAAAGCGAAAGAAAUGAUGAUAAAUCCGAAUCUGUCCUUCAAUGACUUGAUUAAAUUACGACCCAAAGAGGCGGCGAAACUACUCACGCCUACGGACUACUACAAGCUCUUAGUUACAUGGACCUGGCCCUGGCCCGGUGCAACCCAGAAUAUUACAGGCUUUUUGGAUAGAUUUAAUUUGCGUUUGGCCGAUACAAUGUCUACAGGAUUUUUCCGAAAAUGGGCACUGGACCCAUUCUUGGAACUGACUCGCAACCGAUUGUCAAUUCGUUGCUGUGAGCUGAUCAUCCAGAAUCUGAACAAUGAGGAUUUAUAUAAUAUUUGCUUGGCGGCAGAAAUCGCGGCAAAAGAAGAAAACCAAAAUACGUGAUACAAUUCGCAAAGGCCAAAGGAGCUCGAGGAAUUCCAUGUGUACUUUUUCAGUAAUAUAUAUUUGUUACUGUGCAUAAUUUUUAUUAAAUUUCAAAUAACA